CCGAGGCAACUUGACCCCGGAAGCAGGGUGCCGGGCUGCGGUGCGGCGGGACCCUGCGGUGCGAGCCUCAGAUGUUGCAUUUUUAUAAACUGAAGGCAAGAUCCUCCACCAGCAAAAAGAUUAUGACUCACUGUAUUGUGAUACUUGCUUUAUUGCGGUGGUCUGGAACCGAAACGCAGUAUCUCGAAGUUUUCCCUGUGCUAUAGAGAGCGUAAAGAGGUGUGGCCUUACAUCGGAUGACUUCCUUCUCCCUUAAGACACUAUUUAAAUGUGUUUACUCAUCUAAGACAUUUGUUUUAUGUGAAGAGACCCUGGCCGCAGCGAUGUUUCACUUCUUCAGGAAGCCCGUGGAGCCGCAAAAGCCCUCGGCGUCAGACACGGAAGCAGAUGGGUUUGUCCUUUUAGGAGAGACAGAAAAUGAGCAGAGAAUGGCAGCAAGAGGUAAAACUUCAGAAGUAGAAGGCAACCAACUGACUGGCACAGAAAACUCAUCCACUGUGACUGUGGCAGGCCCCGGGGCGGAAACCAAGGCAGGCCAGCCUCUGGAAAGCAGCUCGUUCAUGGCCGAGCUUCUGAGCGACGUGCCCUUCACGUUGGCCCCGCACGUGCUGGCCGUGCAGGGCACCAUCAGUGACCUUCCAGACCACCUGCUCACCUGUGACAUCGGCGAAAACUUAUCACGGUUUUGGUAUGAUUUUACUCUUGAAAAUUCAGUGCUCUGUGAUUCAUAGCUUUUAUAUUUGUACCUUAACAGCUUUAAAACAAAAGUUUUGCCAUUGUAUUUAACGUGUUUGAUGUUCUUUGCCAUUUCACUGUCUAAAUGCCCUCAGAAAAGCAAGGAUCAUAAAGUAUGUUCAUUGCUCUGUUUUUCAGAAUAAAGUACAUUUGUAUAAAAAUUGAGCUUAAGUUCUACUUCCUUUCUGCCAAAUAAUAAAUAUAAAAAUUAGGUAAUCAUAGUUUUAUGAAAGGAGUAGAUUCCUUCAACCAGGCUCUCAAAAUAUAACACCUCAAGUUGAUCUUAGCAGAACUGUGAAAAAGAGCGAUGGCAUUUUCCUUGGUUACCACAAGUCUGAAGUCUGCCCUGAGAGGGAGUGUGAAUGCUCUUCUCUGGUUUAGAGGAAGCUUGAGUUCAUAUUAUUCUCUUUCUUCUUCCUGUGUCUAUGAAUGAGUUCAGGGGACAAAAAAAUUGUGCCAGUUAGCUUAAUUUCUUCAUUCUGGAUAUAGACACCGAUGUGGAAAUGGAAAACUUUUCCUAAAAAGCAGGGGGAUUUUGCUAGUAUCAGAAUGCUCUGGCUGCUAUUUCUCUGAGUGAUGCAUUCCGUUUCCUUACACCCAUGGCAGUCCUUUGCACCUUGAGUGUGUUCCUGCCUUUGUUUUUGCCUGGAUGCUUCUACCGAGUGUGCUCCCUCACCAGCUUCCCCAAGAACUCUCCCUGCUUCUGCCUCAGAGGGCGUCGAUGCGCCUGACCACACAGGGCCCCAGUUCAGGAAGAGAUCCGCAUUUCCUUUCAACCUCUGCCUCCCAAAGAAAAACAUCUCAUAAUGAUACAUUAUCGCUAACACCCUUAGUUAGAAACUUAUUGGCCAUAAUACAAAUGGAAAUGCUUUACUGCUAGAAAAACUGAAGUCAACUCAUUUCUAAUUAGAGUCUAGGCCAGUGAUGGCGAACCUAUGACAUGCGUGUCAUAGGUGACCCGCGAACUCAUUUUUUUGGUUGAUUUUUCUCUGUUAAAUGGCAUUUAAAUAUGUGAAAUAAAUAUCAAAAAUAUAAAUCUUUGUUUUACUAUGGUUGCAAAUAUCAAAAAAUUUCUAUAUGUGACACAGCACCAGUGUUAAGUUAGGGUUUUUCAAAAUCCUGACACGCCAAGCUCAAAAGGUUCGCCAUCACUGGUAUAGGCAAAACACCUAGAUAUGACUUUUAGCUAUUGGAUAUCCAUUAUUUAUUCCAACUAAAACAGAAAAGAACGGCCAUUGGUCAAUAAACUGCAAAGGAAGAGGUAAACUGUGAUAGAGCGUUUUCUGUGCCAUGUAAAAUUUUAAUCACAUUAGUUCUGAAUAGUACAAUUUAUUCUGUGCCAAACAUUUAGAAUAUUUUUCACAAAGAUAGAGUGCUAUAGCAAAACUGAACACUGUGCAUAAAGGUACAUAAAUUAUUCAAAUUUUAAUGUGUUGUGCAUGUUUGUUUAAUAAAUGUGGCAUGUUCUUGAUAAAAAAUGCUAUGUUAUUUAAAAGAUAAAGGAGCAUUUCCAUUGAAAAAAAAUGUGUCAUUUACAAAUAAUGUUACCAUAUGAGGUAAAUGGUUAAAUUAGAUCUUGACAUAGUUUUCUUAAAACAUCAGUCUAAGAAAUAUGACUUAUUACUAACACAAAUGUGAACAUUUUAUAGCAGAUUUUGUGAAAGCCCAUCCUUUUUAAUAUCCAUGUUAAUAUGUCUUAAAGCUAAAUGUAAGCAUGCCAUCAAUUUACUAAUAUACGUAUUAAACUUUGUCUCAAAUACUUACACAUUUUAUUUAUAUUUAUGUCUAUCGUAUUAUAAAUAUGCUUAUAUAUAUUUUCAUUUGUUAAAAAAUUUGUUAUAUUUGAAUAAGUAUGAAUAAAAAUAAACUGAUAUUUUGAUUAAUUUCAGAUCCAAAAACUGA